AUGGUGGUUCUCCCACUGAACCCCUCCACCCCCCGGCUUUCUGCAGCAGAGAAUGGGGAGAACUCGCAGUACAAGUCAUCCGGCUCCAGUGGCGAAGAGGAGCUGAACCCAGGCAAGAAGAAGCUGAGGAGGCAAAGGACUCACUUCACCAGCCAGCAGCUGCAGGAGCUGGAGGCCACCUUCCAGCGCAACCGCUACCCAGACAUGAGCACCAGGGAGGAGAUCGCAGGCUGGACCAACCUGGCGGAACCCAGGAUCAGGGUCUGGUUUAAGAACCGCAGAGCCAAGUGGCGGAAGAAGGAGCGGCACCUGCAGACCGAGCUGUGCAAGGGGGGCUUUGGCCCCCAGCUGAACACUCUGCCCAGGGGCCCGUAUGAAGACCUCUACCCCAGCUACUCCUACAACAGCUGGGCCCCCAAGGGCUUCCAGGCCAGCCCCCUCCCCGGCAAAGGCUUCCAGCUCUUCAGUGCUGUGGAUUUCAAUUCUUUCUCCCCACAAGCCAUGUUCCCGGGGGUGGCAACAGCCUCCAUGCCCAGGGUCCCGGCCCUGGAGAACUUCAACAGCCUGGCCGGCCCCGCCAGGUCUCCCGCCCCCACCUGCGGACCCGAAGCUUCGCCUUACAUGUACAGGGACCCCUGCAACGCAAGCCUGGCAGGGGUGAGACUCCGGGCGAAGCAGCCCCAGCCCCUUGGCCUCGAGGUCCUGCCACGCCCAGCCACGAGCCCCAGCUCCUGCCAGUACACACUGGACAGGCCCAUAUGA